AUGUCUCCGCCAGCCAGUAAACCCUCACACGCCCUCGCCGGCGCGUCGGCUGCCAUCACUGGAUACACCGGAUCCCAAGGCGCCAAGUACGACGGCGGUUGUGCACGUUGCACGUUGGCCUCAACUGCAACUCCGGGGAGGCAGGCUGCUGCUGAAGUGAUGGCGGUGGUGGCGGUGGUGGAUCUUGCGGAGUGCGGCGUGUUUGGGCGGCGGAUUGCGGCGUUCGGCGGCUCGGCGCGCCCCGCGCUCACGGUCAUUGAUUGGCACUUGACUCACAUGUUCCGGCUGCGGUGCGUGACGCGUUCGACCGGCCUCGCAGCAUUCGGACAGAAGCUGGCACAGAUCAGCAGGGCGAGCAUCGGGAACAGUGCUGUCCGUACCAUGAGCUCAGAAGUCGGAGGAGCUGGCGGUGCUGCAGAGGCCGUCGAGGCAGUGCCGUUUGAGGCCAGCCUCCCGUGGGCUCUCACCAUUGCCGGCAAGGAGUGGCGCCGGCCCGGAUGCGACGAGCCGCGCAGCAGGGUCCUCGCCCUGCACGGCUGGUGCGAUUCGGCGGCAUCGUACGACAAGCUCGCGCCGCUUCUGGUCACCGCGCCCGGCGGGCCAGACUCGGUCUUGGCCAUCGAUCUGCCUGGUCACGGGCUCUCUUCCUGGCGCGCACCCGAUGCCAACUACCACUACGUCGACUACGUCCACGACGUCAUGGGCCUCAUGGUCCAGGAGGGCCUCCUUCACGAUCCGCACACCGCCCGCGUCUCGCCUGCUGCCGGCGAUGCCGAUGGCACCGACAAGCCGCCCCACAUCACUCUGAUGGGCCACUCGAUGGGUGGCGGUAUCGCCGUCAUGCUCGCCGGCGCAUGGCCGCACGCCAUCGACCGACUCGUCCUCAUCGAGGGCGCAGGCACGCUGCCCGCAACCACCGAUGCCGACCAGGUCGAUGUCGUCGCCUCAUUUGUUGCCUCCAAGCUCAAGUACGCCUCUGCCAAGUCGGCGCCGCGCCCACAUCCGCGGCGCGAUGCCAUGGCCGAGCGCCUCGUCCAGGCCCUCCGUGGCAAGGGUGCAAUGGACCUCGACGCCGCUCGCACCCUCGUUGCUCGCGGCACCCGCCAGCUCCCAUCCGGCGAGUUUACCUGGCGCUCCGAUCCUCGGCUCCGCAUGGCCGCCCCCUACCGCAUCUCCGAGCCCUCGCUCCGCGCCUUUCUCGGCAACAUCGCCGCGCCAGCCGUCCUCGUCAUGGCCUCGCGCGGCUGGCCCAUUCCCGAUGAGCUUGUCGCCGAGCGCCUGGCUGCCGUCCCACAUCUGCAGGCCGUCCGCCUCGACGGCUCGCACCACCUUCAUCUCGAGGUCGCUGAGACUUUGGCUGACCUCUUUGUGCCGUUCAUUGCCGAGGACUCGGGCGUCGAAGAACCGCAGGUGGCGGCACAGGUCAUCGCCGACGCCAUGGCCACACCCCGCCUGGCCGCAUCUGCGGCUACCGCGGCUGCUGCCGCUGCAUCCAGUGACUGAUGCGAAAGCUCGCCUGCGGCGAGCAUGGCAGCUGGAUGCAGACUAGCUUUGGGAGUCGUCGCUUGCGCGCUCGGCCCCUGACCCAUGCUCGACGUCGCUUCUCUCAUCACUUGCGCUCGCCCGUGUCAUCUCAACCUCUCCGCUCUCGCUCUCGUGCGCCGGCCCGACCUUGGCCGUCCGUUUCGACGCUGCGCCGGCGAUUCCACCGGCUGCGAGCAGCCACGCCACCGACCACAUGUGCCGUUCGCCCCAAGCGAUAAAUUUGAGAGCGAUAAACGCAGGCUCAGAGACAA